AUGUCGUACUUCUUCUCCACCCCCGUCGACAUCGAUGUCGUUCUCGAGGAUGCCGACGACCGGUCCAUGGUCGACGUCAAACUCGACAAGAACCGCCGCGAAAAGGCUCCCCUCUACAUGGACGGCGAAUCCGUCAAGGGUGCCGUCACCGUCCGCCCCAAGGACGGCAAGCGCCUCGAGCACACGGGCAUCAAGGUGCAAUUCAUCGGCACCAUUGAAAUGUUCUUUGACCGUGGCAACCACUACGAAUUCCUUUCCCUGAACCAAGAACUCGCCGCCCCCGGUGAGCUGCAACACCCGCAGACGUUCGACUUCAACUUCAAAAACGUCGAGAAGCAGUACGAGUCGUACAACGGCAUCAACGUCAAGCUGCGGUACUUUGUGCGCGUCACCGUGUCCCGCCGCAUGGCCGACGUCAUUCGUGAAAAGGACAUUUGGGUCUACAGCUACCGCAUCCCGCCCGAGAUGAAUAGCAGCAUAAAGAUGGACGUCGGUAUCGAGGACUGUCUUCACAUCGAGUUCGAGUACAGCAAGAGCAAAUACCACCUCAAGGAUGUCAUUGUCGGCCGCAUCUACUUCUUGUUGGUCCGGCUAAAGAUCAAGCACAUGGAGUUGUCCAUUAUUCGAAGAGAAACGACGGGCGCCGCGCCGAAUCAGUACAACGAGAGCGAGACGUUGGUGAGGUUUGAGAUCAUGGACGGUUCGCCAUCGAGGGGGGAGACAAUUCCUAUCAGGCUAUUCUUGGGGGGUUUCGACUUGACGCCUACGUUUCGAGAUGUGAACAAGAAGUUCUCGACGAGAUAUUACCUCAGUUUGGUCCUGAUUGAUGAGGAUGCCCGUCGGUACUUCAAGCAAUCCGAAAUCAUUUUGUACCGCCAAGCUCCCGACGGCCUCGCCGAAAACACCGGCGGCGGUCUGCAGCCUCUCCCAGCUCCCAACGAAGCCAAAUUAGCCGCCGCUCAAGCAGCUGCUGCUCAAGCAUAG